CGAGAGCGCGCCUCCGUAGUGGGCGGGGCCUGUAGGAACAUACCUGGACAGGCUGAUGGACCUGUCAAAGCGAGUGUCGUUAUGGACGGUGGAGGACGUGUUGGAGUGGGUGCAGGAGCAGUGUCCAGCCCACGUGGACACGCUGCAGAGAGCCGUCAUCAAACACUCCAUCUCAGGCCGAGCGUUGCUGAGAUUAAAGGAUCAUCACCUGGAGCUUCUCGGGGUGGAAGCCGAGGAGCAGCAGCAGGAGAUCCUGCAGAACCUCCUCCUCCUCCGGGUCCGGGAGGGAAUCAAUGAACUCACUGACAUCUGCUCUGACUGUUUUUCUUCGUAGCAGAAGAUAAAUCUUCGGACAAGAAAUGCUGCUUACAUUUUUUUUUAUACAUUUCCCUUCCAUCCAUUCAUCCAUGUGAAGGGGAAGAGAAACGCGGGGGUGAAAGAAAACAGAGAGAAGGUGAAAUGAGAGUAGAAUCAAUGAGGAAUGGAGAGACUGAAACCUAUUUCCUGUACGAAAUCCGACCUCUGCAGACGGAUGAGAUUAGUUUGGGUCUUUUUCUCAGAAACACUGAUCAUCAGUCUCUGUCUGUUUUUCUAAAGUGUAGUUUUUCCUUUCCAAAGAAGUCAAAUACUGUAUUUGAUGCACUGAAUAUGGAAAGACUUUUUU